GUUUUCUUAGCGGUGAGGGUUCUGAUUGUAACACGUGAUAUGGCUGUCAAACAUGGCUCCCUCCUGCAAGCUGUGAGAGAAGCGACAGCUGACAAAGCGAACAGAUCUACAUAGAAACGACGGAACUUCUUUCUGUCACCUUGCAUGCUGGUCUAGGUAUAGCUCUACUUGUGAGGAACAAAGGUUGCAGCUGGUGUAAAAAGAUCACCCACGUCUCCUGGGCUUCCCACCCACGUGCUCGAUGUCAGUCGUAUGUGAGACACACCUGCCAAGUGAUGAAGACUGAUAUAAAAAGGAAGUGACGAGAUAUCCUGAACUGCUUCGGAUCACCUGUUCGGCUCACCUCCCCCCAUAUCUCCCUACAGGCUCCUUCUCACUGAAACCAUGCAAGUAAACCCAGUCCUUGUGGAGUCCGUAGUCAUCCUGGCUGUGGUUCUUUGCGUCCAUUUGGCGGUUUGGAACCAGCACUCCUGGUGCAGCGUAGCCCUUGUCAUUCAGGCAUUCUACGUCCAGUAUAAAUGGGAUCGCUUGUUAAAGUCCGGUGCUGCGGUGUUCCAGUUCCGUCCAUCUGCUAACAGUGGUAUCGUUCCAGCUUCCAUGGUUAUGCCACUGCUGGGCCUGGUUCUGAGAGAAAAGUGCUCUGCCUCAGGGAAUGUCUACUUUGAGCGCUUCUCCAUGGUGAUUACCAUCACAGGAAUGAUGCUGGCUCUGUUUCUCUCCCUGAUCGCUCUGGGUAUUACAAGACCCGUCCCAACCAACACAUGCAUAAUUGCAGGAUUGUCCGGCAGCGCGAUCCUCUACGCGACGAAGCAGACCCUAACAGUGUCCGAGGUCAUCGAGGUCCUAGAGGUGUUGCUGAUCUUUGUUUAUCUCUGCCUGAUUGUUCUUUACUUGCUUCCACGGUGCUUCACACCAGGAGAGGCUCUCCUCAUUGUGGGUGGAAUAAGUUUCAUCGUAAACCAGCUCAUCAAGCGCUCGCUGAACCUGGCAGAGGUAAAGGGGGAUCCAGUGAACUACUUCCUGCCAGUGGUGGUUGUUGGUUCGCUGCUGUUGGGUGUUUUCUUCGCCUUGCUCUUCUGCUUCAUGGAGUCUGAGACUUGGGUGUCCUCCCUGUUCUUCCACAUGAUGACAGCGGUUCUGGUUCUGGGUAUCCUGAUGCCGUGGCUGUCGCUGUUCAUCGGCCGACACCCAAUCAUGUGGCUUUUGGACUUUCUCACCCUGAAUGACCGAAGACUCUGUUUGCUUGGAUAUUGGGUGUUUCUGGUGGUCGUAGCGACCUGUGUCGUUCUACAUCAGAACUAUAAGCGCCAGUCGGGAUCCAAGAAGCACCAGGCCUCCACGGUUGUCAGGAAGUAUUUCCACCUGAUCGUUGUGGCGACCUAUGUUCCAGGACUGAUAUACGACAGACAGCUGCUCCACGUGGCGUCUGUGGGAUGCUUGGCAGUUUUCUUGUUGUUGGAGUAUGUACGGUACUUUCGAAUUCUUCCUUUUGGUCAGCUGCUCAGGCAGCUCCUCACCUUGUUCCUGGACGAACGGGACUCUGGCCCUCUCAUUCUGACCCACAUUUACCUGCUGCUUGGCAUGUCUUUGCCCAUUUGGCUGUUUCCUGGACCUUGUGCUCCCAAGGGGAUCCUCCCCGGGGCAGGGGGCCUGGUACCUUAUGCAGGCGUGCUGGCAGUGGGAGUUGGAGACACCGUGGCGUCUGUUUUUGGCAGCACCAUGGGGGAGAUCCGUUGGCCGGGGACCAAGAAAACCUUAGAGGGAACAGCAACGUCCGUGUUUGCCCAGAUCAUAGCCGUGGCGAUGUUCCUCAUCUUUGAUGCAAACAUCAAUCUGAACUCCACCUACUCAUGGAUUGUUGGCUCUAUCACCCUGGUGGCAUUGCUGGAGGCCUACACCUCCCAGAUAGACAAUCUGCUGCUCCCGCUCUACCUCUUCAUCCUGCUGUUGCUUUAAAUGAACAAAUAAAAGAAAGGAUGGAUGUGUUCAGAUGUUUAUUGUGAGGAAGACAAUUUAUGAAGAAAAUGUCUUAAAGGAAAGUCAAUAGCAGAAGCCCUUUAGGAUUCAUAGGAGAGAACGAAGAGAUAAAACCAAACGACACAGAAAAUCUGCUGAAAAUGUCGCCAAGUGGUUCUAAUCGCUUCUGGAACAGGUUAUAAAGAAACAUGAGCUCAGUGACCAAGUGGUGUAAGUUUCUGCCCUAAUUCUGAUGACCCGUUGACACCUAUAACUCUUAAAUUAUGCAAAUGGAGAUUGAGUUGAGCACAGUGAGAACACAUUACACUUGGCACACAAAAUAACUGAUUGUUGUGUUCUUAUUGUUUUUUUUUUUUUACAUUAUUUGGAACCAAUUUAUUCCUGCGUUGCCUUGGAAGAACAUAAUUUAAAGUUUUCUCUCUUUAUCAACCCUUUGGUUCUUUAGUAAUAACUCCCAGAUGGCAAUAUGAACCACCUCACGGUAAAACUAUGCCUUAAGAAGUGUAAUAUCUCUAACAGGUGAUUGAUUGUUGUAAUAGAUGUAGGUAAGAGCCUGGCAGACUAAAGCAACACUUUCCUACAAUGGCUGCCUCUAUUUAUGAUUCUGCAUGACACUAAUGUGGACUUCAGUACUGUAACAUUUAUAUUUUACAGUAAAUAUUUAUUUUGAGCAGUUUGUUUGUGGUUUAAUUGGACCAAUACAGUUAAACCCAUAUUGUCUAUUUCAUUGCUAAACUGAGGAUGCAUGUUUUAGUCAAACUAUUAAACAGGCUGUGAGAUUUUAUUUGAAAUAAAUCAAAAAUGUUUUCUAGAAGUAUUUGCAACUGUCACAAUGUCCGAGUUCAUUAUUUAUACAUAAAUUUGUUGUACAAUCCUUGAUCAGUGUUUAUAUGUAUAUUUUUUAAAUAUUUGAUGUGUUUAUUAGCAUAGUAGUAUGCUGUUAUCUUUACUAUUCCUUGUUUUAUGUUCUUAUACUAUUGCAUGAUGAGUGCUUCAUAGAUGACUGUGAUUGCUUUUGUGUAACUGGAUGACUGUACUUUAAAAAGCCCCAAAAAAUGAGCCUUUUCAUUUUUAAUUUGAUUCUCAAUAAAAAAGAUCAACAUGUUGAUGUUUAAAA